UUAAUUAUUUGCAUAUUUAGUGUACUGCUUAGCUCUCUUAGUAAACGGCCUGUGUUCGAUCUGCGCUCGCAAAUUGCCACAAAAAAGUUAAAAUAAUACAAUAAUUUUAAACUUGACAGGAUAAGUGAAAGUUCAUUCGCCACGAUGGCUUGGAUACAGUUUUUUCUUAUUGCAUUUCUUCUUCCCUGGAUAGUGCAGUUAUUCGAUGACUCAGCCAUGGAUAAAUGCCUCCAAGCGGGCAACUAUUAUUGCAAUAUUUCCGGGAAAUGUAUCUACCAGUCUUCAGUUUGUGACGGAGUUACUGACUGUAAAGAGCGCGAAGAUGAGUCCCCUCCAGCCUGUACCGAGGAUGAAUGUUUUCGAAGAGACCGGACCUUAUGUGGAGAUUUCCGGUGUAUCCCCACUAGUUCGUUGUGUGACAGAAAGGUUAACUGUCCAGGCGGGGAAGAUGAGCGGUUUAUAGCCUGCUGUCUCAAACACCAAUGUGAAUCGAAUCGUUCUUUAUUAUUUGGCUGCUUGGGUGAAUGUAAACCUGGUCAAUUUGGCGAGUAUUGCGAGAAAACUUGUUCAGAGAAGUGUUUGAAUCGAAUUUGUGAUAAAUCAAGCGGAAUUUGUAAGAACUGUACAAGAACGUAUUUAGAAAAUUGUUCACAAGAAUGUGGCGAGGAAUGUCGAGAAAGAAACGGUUUCUCACAAUGUGACAGACAAAGUGGCAAAUGCUUGAAUUGCUGUACUCUUAAUCACUAUGGUCACUAUUGCAACAAUACAUGUAAAAACUGCAAAGGAAAUUCCUCAAAUAUUCCAUGUGAUAUUAACGGUGUGUGCCAGUUUGGAUGUGAGAACGAUUAUUGGGACAAGAGAUGCAACUCGAAAUGCAAUGCCAACUGUCAAGGUGACGAACAUGGAAAAAGGUGUACAUCCACAGGGGAGUGUAUAAACGGCUGUACUCGUGGAUGGAGUGGUAAUUUAUGUGGUGAAUCCACCGAUAAAGAGAACGUCAGCUCCUUAAAGACAACCGUUAUAGUCAUACCAGUUAUUGCCACUGUGGUUGUCGUUGUGGUCGGGAUUAUCUGCUAUUUUUGGGGUCGAAAAAGGUUUAACCGUCACUAGAAUGAACGCAUUGAACCGCGCCGAGAAUUUCGAGUUGGCAUUGCACACUGGCAACAACCCUCCGGGUCUCGGUGAAGUUUUACCCUGUAUGCCGACAUCAACGAAGAAACCAUGGAACAUUAUCAUGCAAAAAUGGACGACCAAAAAGACACUGAUGGGAUGGGCGAUAUUGAUGAAAUAAAACAAACUGAUUCUCUUGUAUAAAGACGUCAAUCUUUCCGGCCGUUAUAAACGAUGUUUCGGCCAUUUAUUAGAUAUCAUGCAUGAAAUUUCAUUAAAACUGCAGAUAAGUAUAGCAUUUUGGAAGGCUGUGUCGCAACAAAAAAUUCGAGUAGUCAACUCAAAAGUUAAGGUUACACUUUUAGGUCAAAAUUACACGAUAGGAAUGAAAUGAAAUUACAAUUUGAAUCUUGCCUGGGAUGGAUUUUGAGGGGUCGAAGUCAAUGUUACUGUAAUUGAAAGUAGAAAAAUGCUCUACGCCCAAUUACUUUAGACUGCUACUUUUUCCUUAAUUAUACAAGUAAUUAAUUGGCUAUAAUUUCUGAUUGCCCAUAUUACGAAUCUGCUUUUGUCGCAUUGUGGCGUUUUUAUUUUUCAUAUGAUAUCGAAUUGCAAAUGCGAUAGGAUAUCCUACUACAUUUCUAGGUUUUAAAGGAAGUCCAUAUAAUGAGUUAAUCUACGGCGAGCUUGAAGUUUUUAACUAUCAGCAAUUAUAUAUCAUACCAUCGUAAAUUUCAUACUUAAGAUGUUACAUACAAAUGAUAAUAAGUACAAUAAAACAAUUUAUUUUACCGUAUUGAAGGUUGGUUAAAGAUACCCUAUUUAAUGUUAGUUUUUAAUAUAACACGAUUUGUGAAGCUUGACUUAAAUCUGCAUAUAUUGUUUGCAGAUGUAGGAAACGAUUAUUUAGUUCUGGUAUCUUCUACAAAACUGGAAGGGAAUGUAAUAAGAGCGUAAUAGAACAUUCUUUUAUCUUUUGUAAUCUAUUGCCAAAUUAGAAAGUUCCGAUUUGGUUCAUCGGGGUAACGUGUACCCCAUCAUAGACUAAAGAGUUAAAUGUUGGCAUAACACACCCUAAUACCUGUUGAGCGCAGAAAAUAAAAUAUAUUAGCAAUUCUUAGCAAUAUGUAGUAUAUACUCUACGAUGUAAAUAUGCACGUUUAUUGAAUAGACGUAGAACAAGUAUGCAAAUAUUUGUGCACAUAUGAUUAAGACGAUUUGUUACGAAAGCUAUCUAAGUUUACAAUGCAUUUAGUCUGAUCAGCUGACAUGAAUUCGUCUUAAAGCAGAUUUUGGUAUUUAUGUACCGUGCUAAUCAACUUCAGUGGUACGUUGUAAACAUUGGUACGUUUUAAACAUAUUGCCGUCAUUUUAGUUACAUGUUGUUUAUGUUUAUGAAUAUUACUUCAUUCAUGUAGAGACGUAUACAUAUAAUUGGUGUUGUACAUUAUGAUAUCAAACCUAAAUUGUACAGAAAUUAUAUUUUCAUUAAGAAAUAUAUAUGACAUACCUUUGUAUAGUAUCUCUUACCUGAAACAGUAUCGAUUUUAAAAAUAUACAUGCUUCCUAUAAACAGAAAUUCAUAGAAGAAAUUAAAAUUAUCAAAUCUAAUAUUGAAUCGAGUAUAUUUUAACUUAUUAUUUGAUUUAAGCUUUCUUGACAAUUUGAUUCAGGUAAUAACAUUGUUUUUUUCGGUAAGUGUAUAAUUUUCUGAACUUCAUUAAGAUGUUUAAUAUUUUCCUAAGGCUCUCUAUGUUUUCUUAUUGUUAAAUGAAUAUCGUACCACAAUAGCGUAUUUUUCCGAUUCCGAUGAAUAAAUGUAACAUUUCCCAGACGGUGCUCACGUCUUGAUCAUAUUAACAGAUUGGCAACGUGAUAUAUACGUUACGGGGUUAGUAGGUGACCCGAUAUAGGACAUACGGGAUGCAGAAAACCAUAUAAGUAUACAUACUAACCCUGAAUCAAGGUUACUUGUAAUAGUAACAGUAAAUAUUAUUUAAUAUUAAUUUGUAUCAAGCGUAUUCUGAAUGAAUCUUAUUGUUAAAUGAAUGUUCAUUGAUUCACCUGUAAAUACUACAAUGUAUCCUGAUGUUCUGUAAAUAAA